AGCACAUGGUGCAGGCUGGCGUGGCGCCGUUUCCAGGCGCACCAGCCGGCUAUCCUGCCGCGCCAGGACCAGCGGCAGCGGCCGCUGCUGGUGCGCCCACAGCGGCCGAGAGCCUGUCGCUGGCCGUGACAGCAGCCGCCAUCAAAACUGAGCCCGGCAUGCAGCUAAAGGCAGCCGCCGAAUCCUCAACAGCGGGCAAUGGCAGCACAGGAGCAGCUGGUGUCGCGCCAGCCUCCGUGGCAGUGGCCACCAGCGGGGCAGAUGGCAUUGCUGUCAAUGCCCCGAUGUACAUCCAACAAAAGACAAAUCUGUCAACACAACAACAACAACAACAACAACAGCAACAACAAACACAACAGACACAGUACAAUGGCAGCAUUAGCAAUGGGACCACAGCCCCAACUCCAGCCACACUGCCAGUGCAAGCAAGUGGCACAGCAGGAACAACUGCCACGACGCUGGUCACGCAACAGCAACAGCAACAGCAGCAGCAGCAGCCACCCGCACCUCUGACAAAUGGACACGCGAUGGAGCAACUGCAGCAGCAGCUACCGCAUACCCCACAGAAUGUGCUCAGCAUUUCCACAGUAUUGAUUGCCAACGAGGCACCGGAGGCACAGCAGAACUCGGCACUGCCUCAUUCUGGUGGAGGUGGCAGCGGUACUGGAACUGGUGGUGGCGGCGGCGGUGGCGGUGGUGGUGGUACGCCCAGUUCUCCGCACAGCAGCUCACCGUCCAGCGUUUCAGUCGCCCCGACAGCAGCAGCCACGCUCAACGGCAACAGCAAUAGUAAUAGCAUCUCGAACGACGGCAACGUCUCGGGCAACACAUCACCUAUUGCCAGCGGUGAGCCGCUGCUGCAAACACCACCAACUGCACAGCAACAACAACAGCAGCAACAGCAACAGCAGCAACAGCAACAACAGCAACAGCAGCAACAGCAACAGCUCAACUUAAGCAGCAGUCCCACAGCAACCACCUCGGUGACCGCCAGCUCCAUAGCUUCGGGCGCAUUGGCCGCCACCAGCAGCAGCGUCUCGUCAGGAAUACUGCCCACAGCCGGCCUGGAUAGUAUUGCCAACUGCGGCCAGCCCGCCAGCACCUCACAGGUGCUUGCUCACAUGAACGCCGUCAGCGGAAUCAUAACUGCGGCCGUGCAAUCGCCCAAUGUGGUAACUAGUCUAAACCAGUCGGUGUCCUCGUCGGUGGCCGCCGCCGUGGCCGCUGCUGCAUCGCUGGAUGCCAAAAGUCAGCCCAAGCGCUUGCACGUCUCCAAUAUACCGUUUCGCUUCAGGGACCCCGAUCUGCGUGCCAUGUUUGGGCAAUUUGGCAACAUUUUGGACGUGGAAAUCAUCUUCAAUGAGCGCGGCAGCAAGGGAUUCGGUUUUGUAACAUUCGCUAACAGCAACGAUGCAGAACGAGCACGCGAACGUCUACACGGCACCGUGGUUGAGGGACGCAAAAUCGAGGUGAAUAACGCCACUGCACGUGUACAAACCAAAAAAGUGACAGCAGUACCCAACGUUUGCGUACAAUGGCCUGAAGCCGUAACUGCUGCUGCCAUGCGUGGAGUUGCCAUACAACAUGGAGUUGCCUUCCAUCCCCAUCAUCCGCACCAUCAUCCGGCGCUGGCAGCCGCCGCGGCCGCCGCUCAGCAGCAACAGCGACGUCAGGUGGCCGCCGCAGUUGCUGCCCAACAGCAGCAGCACCAGCAACAGCAGCAACAGCAGCACCAGCAGCAGCAACAACAACAGCAGCAACAACAACAGCAGCAGCAGCAACAGCAACAACAUGCCGCAGUCGCUGCCGCCGCCGCUGCCCAGCACUCACAGCACGCCGCUGCCGCCGCCGCCGCCGUCGCUCACACACAUCCGCAUGCCCAUGCGCAUGCGCUCGCGCCUCAACUAGCCCAGCUGCAGCCGACGCUGCAGGCCGUCGCCGUGCCCACUGCCGCUGGCAGUGCUGCGGCUGCUGCCGCUCAGCAGCACUCGGCGCUGCAGCAAUCCCUGGCAGCGGCCGCAGCCGCACAGAAUCCGGGUGUGGCGAACAGUGCGAGCGCCGCCGCUGCCGCCGCGUACGCGGCACGGCUAUCCGCUGCAACGGCAUCCCAAACGCCGGCCGCUGCUGCUGCGGCUGCUGCUUCCAUGGCAGCGUCGGCUAACGCGGCCAACAAUGCUGCAGCUUUGCAUGGAUUUGCGCCCGUAUACUAUGAUCCCUUCUUAGCAGCCGCUGAUCCAAAUCUACGCUUCCAGGCAGCCAAACCGGUCACUGAAGUUCCAGCCGCACAGCCAGCCGCCAUAUUAAAUCGCCGCACUGUGACUACGCUAAACAGUACCCCACAUACGAUCAACCGCAUUCCGGUACCACAGAAUGUUUUGGCCACUGCUCCUCUGUUAAAGACACCCCUGUCUCAGGCCCAGCAGCAGGCGUAUGCCACGGCGGCCACCACCUACACGGCGGUCGCUGCCCGGGCCUACGGGGCCGCUGCAGCUGCAGCCGCCCAGCCGGCACUCGCUGGUUAUGCCACCGUAGCGGGUUACGCGCGCGAAUAUGCGGAUCCUUAUCUGGGACAUGGCAUCGGACCCGUGCCCGGCUAUGGGGCAACCAUGUAUCGCGGUGGCUACAAUCGCUUCACGCCAUAUUAAAAAGCUUCAGAAGUCAGCCAAAAAACGCAAUUGAUCUACUCUCGAAAAUGCUCAAUGUAUGAACAAGAAUUAGACGUAAUUACUCCUCCUCCUACAGUGCAGUAUGUAGCAGUUCAAUCUAUAUACAUAGAUCCAGACGCGCAAAUACAGAUGCUCAAAGAUGAUCGACGGAACGCAGAACCCACUCAAAAACAACAAAAAAUGGAGAGUUGAAAAUCAAAGCUAAAAGCUGCCGCAUGCUGGCGGCUCAUUAGGCAAGAGUAA